AUGUCUUCCGCGAAUUCAAUCAAAUCGCCUGAUAAGGAAACAGGCACCCAAUCUAGUACACCACCUAUAUCUUAUGCGAGAGCUGCUCGCGUUCAACGUCCUACUGCAAUUCGAGAAUCUUUGACCAGCAAUGCACUUGACAAAACCACCCAUUCCAAUGUGUGGAAAGUUGGUGGAUCCCCUGCUUCGUGCCCGAGUUUGUUUUUUGACUUCACUUCUCGCACCGAAAACCGUUCAACACUUCUUCGUCACAUAAGUGAAAGCUAUCCCGAUAACUGUGGUGCACGUCUGCACUCAGAUCAUUCACGCCGUAUUGUUGAGCUAUUCAUUGAUGAUUCAUCCUUGUAC